GUGAUUUAAAUUUCAAUACACUAAUAAAAUGUCAUAACCCGUGGUAUGUAAUAUCUUUAAGGAUUAGAAAAAGAAAAAACCAUUUUAGUAGAUAAUGAAAUUUUCAUUUAAAGAUAUCAGGUUUUGAAGUUGUAUAAACACAUUCUAAAAUAUUGUAAACUAUUCAUGUACAUAAUCAAUAUACAAUCCCUAAAACAGAUAUUUGUCUCAAUCAUAUUUUCUUGUUAAGUACUGUAUUUUUAUUUUCUUAGUGCUUUUGUUCACGACAACAUCUAUGAGGCAGUCCACUACUUUAGAUCAGGUUUUUUUCAUAGAAGCUCAAAUCUGGUUAUGCCACCAUUCCAUACUCGUGUAACGUCAUUUGGCUCGUAAAGUCAACCACAACUAUUCUUAUUUCAAACUUGGCCAUCAAUUGAAUUAUAGAACUAUCUAGUCGUGUAAAAGUAAGGAGAAAAGUCGUAAAUACAAACAUCGUUAUAGAGAAACCACUUCUUGGAAAAAUCCACAGCUCUAUUUGCUGAAAAUAAUGCCAAAACUAUAUUCUAAAAGGAUGGAUUAAUAUGGGAAGUCAUAGAUACGUACGUGGUCAACUGGUUGCAUUAUUUGCUUAAACACAUCCCCACCGACGUAGCAUAAUGUCAGCGCCGGUGUCUCGCGUCCCACGUGCGAUUCACAUGAUUCCUACUUCGUUGAUAAGCCAGUCUAUUAUUUUGCAAUUUCCCGUUGUAAGAUGAGUUUCGUUCGUAAGUUGUCUAGAAUUAAUUUCAUGAGCAAAUAUUAAUUUUUUUAUUAGAAUACAAAAGUGCCGUAAAGAAACAAAAAGACAAAAACUACAAUCAAAUGGCAUAGUUAUAACAUAAAUUAAGAGACUGACCAAAAACGACAAAGAAAAAAUCACCCGCAUCCAGCAACAUACCCAUAAAACUCCAACAAAGAAACACUAUUUCCAACCCCAAAACAUAUUUGCAGAUGUUGUUUCUAAAGUUUGUUAAAGGGUUAAAGAAUAUAUAUAUUUAAUCAACCAAAAUAAAUAUAUAUGUUUAUAAUUAGUUAAUUAGGUCUAGAAUUAGUUAAUUAGGCAAGGGGCUAAAAAUAUAUAUUUUUAAAAGUAUUUGUAACAAAGUAAAGUGGUGGCAACAUAAGUACCUAAACGUUGUUUUGCGUAUAUCCUAAUAAAAUAACAUGUCAUCUGAUCAAAUAAUAUGUUAUUGAGAAAACAAUUAAAAAUAAUGUAACUUAAAAAAAAUGACAAGCACAAUAAACAUUCAUGAAUUUUACUGUUACAUGCCGACUUAAAAGAGAAACUUAAGAAUUUGAUUAAAGUUUAUAACAACCACACGGUUGGAUGUGUGAGUACAUAUUUAAAGCUUUUUUUGGGUCAAAUACAUUUUUACAAUUUAUACGUUACAGACUUGCAGUAAACCAGAAUAGUUCAAAGUCACACGUGAUAUACAGAAAGUGAACACAAGUUAGAAGCAAACAUGAUUAACUUUUUGAAUCUUCAAACAAAAAAAAUGCCUAUAAAUGUCUUCACGUAACCUUCUGGUCACUUGAACUAUAUCCCAAGUUCCAAAUAUAGCCUUUCUGAAUAGAGAAGAGAAGAGAGACAAAAGAGUCCAACGAAAUCUCCAAAAUGACCUUUAACAUAACCGCCGUGAAAACCUCAUCUAACGGAGCAUGGCAAGGCGACAAUCCCUUGAACUUCGCGUUUCCGUUACUCAUAAUCCAAACGGCGUUAAUCAUCGCCGUCAGUCGCUCCCUCGCCGUCCUUUUCAAACCACUUCGCCAACCUAAAGUCAUCGCCGAGAUCGUCGGAGGGAUCUUGUUAGGACCGUCUGCUUUAGGACGAAACACGACGUACAUGGACCGUAUCUUCCCGACAUGGAGCAUGCCUAUACUCGAAUCCGUCGCGAGCAUAGGCCUCCUCUUUUUCCUCUUCCUCGUCGGUCUCGAGCUCGACUUAUCGUCCAUCCGACGAAGCGGGAAACGCGCGUUCGGAAUCGCGGUCGCCGGAAUCACGCUCCCGUUUCUCGGCGGCGUCGGAGUCGCGUUUGUGAUCCGCAACACUCUCUACACCGCCGUCGAGAGACCGGGAUACGCCGAGUUUCUCGUUUUCAUGGGAGUCGCUCUCUCCAUCACAGCCUUCCCUGUGUUGGCGCGUAUCUUGGCGGAGCUCAAGCUUUUGACGACUCAGAUCGGAGAAACCGCGAUGGCUGCAGCCGCUUUCAACGAUGUAGCCGCGUGGAUUUUACUCGCUUUAGCGGUUGCGUUAGCGGGUAACGGUGAGGGCGGUGGGGAGAAGAAGAGUCCGUUGGUGUCUGUGUGGGUUAUGUUGUCAGGUGUGGGAUUUGUUGUUUUUAUGUUGGUUGUGAUCCGACCCGGAAUGAAAUGGGUCGCGAAACGGGGAUCUCUUGAAAACGGCGUCGUACGUGAGUCUUUCGUGUGUUUGACGUUAGCUGGAGUUAUGGUUUCCGGUUUCGCGACGGAUUUGAUUGGGAUUCAUUCUAUUUUCGGAGCGUUUGUUUUCGGUUUGACUAUACCGAAAGAUGGAGAGUUUGGUCAGCGAUUGAUUGAACGGAUUGAGGAUUUUGUCUCCGGGUUACUCUUACCGCUUUAUUUCGCCACGAGUGGAUUGAAAACUGACGUGGCGAAGAUCAGAGGAGCUGUGUCGUGGGGGAUGUUGGGUCUUGUUGUGGUUACGGCUUGCGUUGGAAAGAUCGUCGGGACUUUCGCGGUAGCGGUGAUGGUUAAGGUUCCGGCGAGAGAAGCGUUGACUCUUGGUUUCUUGAUGAAUACGAAAGGUUUGGUGGAGCUCAUUGUACUCAAUAUAGGCAAGGAGAAAAAGGUGCUAAACGACGAGACGUUUGCGAUACUAGUGCUAAUGGCACUCUUCACAACGUUCAUUACGACGCCGACUGUAAUGGCCAUUUACAAGCCGGCACGUGGUACACACCGCAAACUAAAGGACUUGUCGGCGAGCGAAGACUCCACCAAGGAAGAGCUUCGUAUCCUCGCCUGCCUCCAUGGUCCAGCCAAUGUCUCAUCUCUUAUCUCUGUCAUCGAGUCCAUCCGAACCACCAAGAUGCUGCAGCUAAAACUAUUCGUCAUGCACCUCAUGGAGCUAACAGAACGAUCCUCGUCAAUCAUAAUGGUGCAAAAAGCCCGUAAAAACGGGUUCCCUUUCGUCCAGCGUUACCGUCACGGGGAGUGUCACAGUAGCGUCAUAGGAGGCUUCCAAGCCUACCGUCAACUGGGCCGAGUCGCGGUCCGGCCUAUUACCGCAGUCUCUCCCUUACCAACAAUGCACGAAGACAUUUGCCACAUGGCAGAGACCAAGAGAGUCACAAUGAUUAUUUUAUCUUUCCACAAACGAUGGAACGUUGAUCAUGGUCAUAGCCACCACCACCACCAUCAAGACGGAGGAGAUGGAAACGUGCCGGAAAACGUCGGCCAUGGCUGGAGAUUAGUAAACCAGAGGGUUUUGAAGAACGCGCCGUGUUCCGUGGCGGUUCUUGUUGACCGUGGACUUGGCUCCAUUGAGGCCCAAAGUUCGAACAUUGAUGGCUCUAAUGUGGUGGAAAGGGUUUGUGUGAUUUUCUUUGGUGGGCCUGACGACCGUGAGGCUUUAGAGCUCGCCGGGAGAAUGGCGGAGCAUCCUGCGGUUAAAGUUACCGUUAUUAGGUUUUUGGUGAGAGAAACGUUGAGGAGUAACGCCGUCACGUUACGGCCGGCACCGAGUAAAUGCAAGGAGAAGAAUUAUGCCUUCUUGACAAACAACGUGGAUCCAGAAAAGGAAAAGGAAUUAGAUGAAGGAGCAUUAGAAGAUUUCAAGAACAAAUGGAAAGAAAUGGUGGAGUACAAAGAAAAGGAACCAAACAACAUAAUUGAAGAAACAUUGUCAAUAGGACAGAGUCAAGACUUUGACCUCAUAGUGGUUGGAAGAGGGAGGUUGCCGUCCGCCGAGGUGGCGACGUUAGCUGAGCGUCAGGCCGAACAUCCUGAGUUAGGUCCUAUCGGGGACGUGCUUGCCUCUUCGAUCAACCAAAUCAUCCCAUCAAUACUUGUGGUUCAACAACACAACAAAGCUCAUGUAGAAGAGAUGACGGUUUCCAAAAUCGUCAAUGAGUCUUCUCUAAGUAUUAACGGAGAUACAAAUGUAUAAACAUAAGGUAUUGAUGUACCUAGUUGAACUUUGCCUUAGUGCUUAAAGUGGUAAGAAUUGUAGAAAGAUCGUUCUACUUAUAAAUAAAUAACCAUGAUUAUGCAUCAAAUUGCAUCUUGUGAGAUAACGUGGGAUUAUUGGUUGGUGUAUUUUAAUAAAUUUAAAAAUCCAAACUAAAUAUAGUGUUGUUUGUUAUCUAUACUAUUAUUUAUGAA